AUACAACAGUGGGAGCUUCAAAGAGGUUGUUUACAGAGAGGAGAGAGAUUCAGGUUGGCUUGGCUGUGAUGAAUACUAGGGUUUUUACGGCAAACACAACUCCGAUGGGAUAACGGAAUUCCUGCGCGCACACAAUUUGUGGUGGCUGUUGCAACGUAAAAAGUAGCUGCAAUGCAAUUAUAGCGACCACGAAAGACAUUGGCUCAUCAAUUUUAUUUUUGUAACAGUAUAUCGGUGCAAUUGAUGGUGUAGUGCUUGGGAUAUAGCGAGUUUUUUUUCCAAUUGUACCAUUAGUCCACUACAUAGUACGUUGAUUUGGAACAGACGCACCACUCGAAAUGGAUAGCGAAAAGUAUUUGCCGGAGCUGAUGGCUGAGAAAGACACACUCGACCCAUCAUUUCAGCAUUCUUUACGGCUACUGGACCAUGAAAUCGAAAAAAUUCAGAAAGAUGAAGGAAAGGAGGAUGAGAAGUUCAUUGACGUUGUCAUCAACAAGAACAUGAAACUGGGGCAGAAAGUGUUAAUACCCGUCAAACAAUUUCCCAAAUUCAACUUUGUCGGUAAACUACUGGGGCCACGUGGGAACUCGUUAAAAAGACUACAGGAGGACACUCUGACAAAGAUGUCAAUUCUUGGAAAAGGAUCCAUGAGAGACAAAGAAAAGGAGGAAGAACUACGGAAGAGUGGAGAGGCCAAAUAUCAUCACCUGAACGAAGACCUCCACGUCCUCAUCGAGGUGUUUGCGCCUCCGGCCGAGGCCUACGCCAGGAUGGGUCACGCUCUAGAAGAGAUCAAGAAGUUUCUCAUACCGGAUUACAAUGAUGAGAUAAGACAGGCCCAGUUGCAGGAGCUCACGUACCUGAAUGGCGGCUCAGAGGAUGCCAAGGUGCCAGCGGUGAGGGGCAAGCCAGUCGCCCGUGGACGAGGGACACCUGCUCCAGGCCCCCUUAGGAGUCGUGGAGGAGUGCCCCCUCCACAUGCAGCUGUCCCCCGGGGAGCAGCGCCCAGAGGGGCUCCCCCCAGCCGGGCCCCCUCCACCAGGGGCAGGGGUGUACCCGCACAGAGGGCACGAGGGGCGCCCCCUCCAGCAGGCUACAGACCACCACCGCCCAUAGUGCAGGACACGUAUGGUGAAUAUGAUUAUGACGAUGGAUAUGGGACAGCUUACGAUGAUCAGGGCUAUGAAUCCUAUGACAACAACUACACCAAUCAAGGACAAAACUCAGAAGACUAUUAUGAAUAUGGACAUGUGGUAAGCGGGGAAUCCUACGACUCAUACGGUCAAGAAGAGUGGACUAACAAUCGCAGCAAGGCACCGCCGGCACGGACAACUAAAGGAGUGUACAGAGAGCAGCCAUACACCAGAUAUUGAACUGUUUGUACAACCUGAACAGUCCCCCAUGGCCGUGUCUUUCUAAGUAAUGGAUUUUUUAUGGACGCUCCCCCCUUUUUAGAAUAUGUAUCACACAAAGCCAACUACUAACAAAGAGGAGAUGGUGAGAGUUAAGACCUUGAAUCAGCGUUAGAAGUUGGUUUUCAAAUUGAAGACCCUGGUAAUAUGACAUGACUGAAGGGCACAUAUACAGUACAGUAGGUGAUAUUGCCACCCUUUUGAGUAGAUUAUAAGUUUAAUCGUGCAUUAUAUGUGACGCUUCUCUUUCGACUGCAUAGUAACAUUUGAAUGACUCCGCAAAGGCAUUGAAGUAACAUGUUUCUAUAUCACAGCUGUAUGUACAGUAUGUAUAACAACAUGUUGAUGCAAUGUUGUAUUAGAGUCCUACAUUGUUGCUAAGAGGAGUAAGAGAAACGUUACAAAUAGUGCUGCUCUCAAAUCUCAGAGCCUGCUGUGAUUGAUCACUUUAAUAUGUUAGUGCUUAGCUCUAGAAAGGUGAAGUAUUGUAGAUAUUUUUUUCUGAGGGGUUGGUUAAUUGUUUCCCUUGUAAGAUACACCUUUACAAUAAGAAUGCAGAAAGAUCACUGUAUACUUUGUUGUUUUCUCCUUUUGUAAAAUGAUAGUUAUUUCGUGUUAAAGGGCUUAUAAAAGCAUGGUGUGCAAACAUUGUGGAUAGUAUCAACUGUUUUCUCCUAACCUUAAAAAAUGUGUAGGUGUAAUCGUUUGCGUUCCAGUCUCCCACUCUAACCAUUCCAAUCUUAAAUCACAGGUCAUAUUUUAUGUAAGAUAUCUUCAGUCCAAACAUGUUGAUGAGCUUUAGAAUACGUGAUUGAUGCUCUUCAUGCUCUUAACAAUGAUCAAUCUUUUAGUUUUAAACUUGAAAUGCUUUCAGUGUAAUUAUCAAGUUAUAUUGAAACAUCAAAUCAUUGCAAACUUGUUAAAGGUUCCCACCAGGUAACAGGAGUAGUGUAUAAGUACUGUAUAUUAACCUUUUCAGCUUAUGUAAGCCCUUUAAUAUUUUCUUCUUGGUUGAUGCAAAAUAAACAUUUUGAAAGAAAGACAUCGUGUUCCAGAGAAUACUUCUGCAUUUAUAAAAUGAAAUAAUAAUCUAAACUAAUAAAUCACACCAUAAAGCUUGAUGAAGACCAUUUUGAAAAGAAACGUUUUAUAGACCAUGAUUUUAAAGGUUCCUGAUGAUUGGGCAGAUUGAAUAAUAAGAUGUAUAACAACAUAAAACGGAUCAUUAUAUGGCACAACAAAAACCCAAUAAUGUUUCCCUGUAGUUAAAGUCAAGUCAAUUUUGAAAACUGAAUGUACACACAAAACAACACUGUAUGUGACCAUUUUCCAGACACAGUGUUAUUUGAUAUCUUUCUAUAAUUACAGUUCAUGUCAAGCAAUAGUUUAGUCAAAGCAUUUGAUCAAAUUUUUACUUCAGGAAUAAGGAUUUUAUACAGUAUAUACUUCUGACAUACAAACAAAAACACAUUAAUUCCAAAACCAACACAUCUGUAUCUUGCUUUUGACAAUGCGCCUCAUAUGAAAGUCAAUAUUUUAUUUCCAAUGCUUAUGAUUUGUUUGAAGAAUGAACACAAGCUGAGUGACACCUACGGCAACAGGAAUUCUCAAAUGUCUGUAAACGAUGGCUAUUCUAUUUUAUAGAAUUCGUACGGGGGAUUUCUCUUUUUCUGUUGUUGUUCUGCUCUUCCUGUUCUCUUCUGGUCGUGUGGCCCUCUCCCAGUCUAUUAAAGAGCCUGCCAUUGCCCUGUCUGUUAAAGAGACUAAAUGACCCCAGCUGACCUCCGCAGAGAGAGGAUGGCAGUAGCUGGUUAAAAAGGCCUCCAUUCCACAAGGUAAUCAAACUGAACCAAUUUAACCCCAUCCCUAAUGUAGUUAGACAUAAACAUUUUCUAAAACUAAAAGGAGCAUUAAUAUGUUUUAUUCUGUCUCUUUUAAGACCUUCUGUAAUCUUUAGUGGCUUUAAAGGCAAAGCUGGGGAUAAUUAGAAGUCCUUUAAAUUGCAAAAAAUUAUCAUAAAUAGCAGUAAUACUUUAUCAACUUCUAUAAAUAAUUGUAUCAUAAGUCUUUGAUAAAAUGUCAAAUUAUGAGUAAAAUGAAUAACCCCACAGCGUUGUUUAAUCUACAGAGUCUGAUGUUUGGAUACUUUCAACUGUAAAUACUUAACCAAUUUGUUUUCUCUGCAUUAUUUUAAUCAAUUUUCCUG